GCGCGCAGGCCUCUGGGUUCUGUAGUUUUCUUGGAAUCCAAAAGGCCCCGUGCCGGAGUGAGUCCUUACCGUCCCCUGGCUUCCACUACGCUAGUACGCAUGUCCACAGCCUCACUGCCCGGGAGACCAGGGGCGCUGAAGGAAGGAGGCGGGACGAUAUUACAAACAAAAAAAUACAGCCUUCUCGGGAAGCUACGGCGAAGGGCCCGCCCCUCCCAGAAGGCGGCGCAACCUGCCCGGGCCAGCCACGCGGAGGGUUGUGGGGCGGAUAGCUCCCCUCCAGAUGGAGGCUCAUAAAGUAGGGUGGGCGGGGGACUCCAUAUCCCAGCGUGCCCCGCGGCGGGCCCUACCGGCCGCGACUCCGGGCUUGGCCCCGGCCCUAGCUUGUCGGCGGUGUAUUGGGGCGCGUGGAGGCUGCAGUCACGGUGGCGCCCGCGGGGACGGAGGAGGGAAUGAGUGAAGAGGAGCAACGCUCCGGCACUACCACGGGCUGCGCGCUGCCUAGUAUAGAGCAAAUGCUGGCCGCCAACCCAGGCAAGACCCCGAUCAGCCUUCUGCAGGAGUAUGGGACCAGAAUAGGGAAGACGCCUGUGUACGACCUUCUCAAAGCCGAGGGCCAAGCCCACCAGCCUAAUUUCACCUUCCGGGUCACCGUUGGCGACACCAGCUGCACUGGUCAGGGCCCCAGCAAGAAGGCAGCCAAGCACAAGGCAGCUGAGGUGGCCCUCAAACACCUCAAAGGGGGGAGCAUGCUGGAGCCGGCCCUGGAGGACAGCAGUUCUUUUUCUCCCCUAGACUCUUCACUGCCUGAGGACGUUCCGGUUUUUACUGCUGCAGCAGCUGCUACCCCGGUUCCAUCUGUUGUCCUAACCAGGAGCCCCCCCAUGGAAAUGCAGCCCCCCGUCUCCCCUCAGCAGUCUGAAUGCAACCCCGUUGGUGCUCUACAGGAGCUGGUGGUGCAGAAAGGCUGGCGGUUGCCAGAGUACACAGUGACCCAGGAGUCCGGGCCAGCCCACCGCAAAGAAUUCACCAUGACCUGCCGAGUGGAGCGUUUCAUUGAGAUUGGGAGUGGCACUUCCAAAAAGUUGGCAAAGCGGAAUGCGGCGGCCAAAAUGCUGCUUCGAGUGCAUACGGUGCCUCUGGAUGCCCGGGAUGGCAAUGAGGUGGAGCCUGAUGAUGACCACUUCUCCAUUGGUGUGGGCUCCCGCCUGGAUGGUCUUCGGAACCGGGGCCCAGGCUGCACCUGGGAUUCUCUACGAAAUUCAGUGGGAGAGAAGAUCCUGUCCCUCCGCAGUUGCUCCUUGGGCUCCCUGGGUGCCCUGGGCCCUGCCUGCUGCCGUGUCCUCACUGAGCUCUCUGAGGAGCAGGCCUUCCAUGUCAGCUACCUGGAUAUUGAGGAGCUGAGCCUGAGUGGACUCUGCCAGUGCCUGGUGGAACUGUCCACCCAGCCGGCCACUGUAUGUCAUGGCUCUGCAACCACCAGGGAGGCAGCCCGUGGAGAGGCUGCCCGCCGUGCCCUGCAGUACCUCAAGAUCAUGGCGGGUAGCAAGUGAAGCCCCAGCUGGACUCAUGGACGUGCACCCUUUGCUCCCUGCUAUUCCUGCCUCUGGGCUCACGUAUCUGCGCAGCUCUGGUACCCUCUGUGGGUGCCAUCUCUACCUCUGACACAGACUGCCUGCCUUGAGGCGAGAAGGCACAGGGCAAGGAGCCAAGGACCACAGGGCCACAGCCAACCCAGGAUCUGCCCUCAUUUUAUUGGUGAUGUUGAGUGGGAAUGAAAUCAGGGGGCUGUCUACUAGAGCCUGGAAUAAAUGUGCUGCUUUGUGGAUUUUUAA